GAACAGCCAAAUCACUCGGCUACCUGCAAUGCUAUAGAGUGACUCUUGCUUCCCUCCUUCGACGACCGAUUUUGACACACUAGACGCGAGGCGCAGACCCGCGUUUGGCCGCAAUGGCCUCACAACCAGUCCAGAAGAGGACUCUCAAGGGGACAUUCGAAAAGAUCCUAGAUCCCACCAAGAUCGGUACCUGGAACAUUGUCCGCCGUCCUCCUAUCGAGAAUCACAGUAUUAUUCAGGGCAAGGCUCGUGAGCAAAAUUCCAAUGCAUUCAAGACACAUCAACAGAAGGAGGGUGUGCGGUUACGGAAGGCCAUCAACGCUUUAACACACGGGAAAAACAUCUUUGUUUACCAUAACAUCCGCACAAAUCAAGUUGUGUAUUCGUUGACGCGAUACCUGGAGAAAAACAACGUCCUCCGUCAACUGCUAUACCACGGUAAAAAGACCGUCCCAGCGACCCUCCGAAAGGACAUGUGGGUUCCCUACUUUUCCGUCCACUUUAACGACUCUAAGGUCGGUCUUCGCGCAUACCAUCUCCUCCGUGAAUUUUCCAUGCAGCGCCAGCUAGACCCGCCACGAGAAAUGAUCACCAUCACAGAGGAAUUUCUGAGCAGGAAACGGCCGCGAAGCCCGGAAGAGGCCAAAGAGUUCGACGAUAAAUACAACGACAAAAUUGGCUGGCUGAUGGAGAAGAAGGACCGGGCGCGUGCUGUCAUGGACCAAAAGGCUACCAGCGUCGCCGAUAUUUCGGCCGUUUUGGCUAUCCAAGAACAGGAAAUCAAGGAUGGGUUUGCCGAUGGUAAAAGGGGUUACUUGAGUCGUACCGCGAGAAGACGUCGCCGGGAAGCUCGCAAGAAGGAAGAGGCGAAGCGAAUUGAGCAUGCUGAGCGCAUCGCCCAGUUCGAAUCCACCCUGAGCACGAACCAAGUCACGUACAAGAUCCAGGAGGCCGCAGACUCGACUGAAGGCGCCACAGCCCCAUCCCCUGGUGACGCCGUGAAAAUCCUCUGGUCUGAUCUUCACUACGCCCGGUACGCUGAAAGCUGGCCGGAACGGGUCCGUCACGGCGAGUUGGAUCUCAGCCGGGAUCAUGUGAUGCCGGGAGCGAAGCCCGUCUAUGGCGUUGAGAUUCUCGCGGACAGGCAAUUCAGGGAGAGAAAAACGGAGGAGGAAACCACAGCCUAGAUGCGUCGAGCUAGCUACGGCUCCCUGGACUUUGUAUUUUCUACCGGUCGGUGAUGGCCUUUGUGUGGAUAUUGGAUAUCUCUUUUUCUACUCUUGCGCUAUGUUGUCGGAGAGGCUUCAGUUGUCUCUCUCGCAGUUGUAUUUUUAGAUUUAAGACUUCCUCCUGGAUGCUGGGAAUCGAAUGUGAAC